AUGGACAACCCCAACGGCCGUCCUCCCUUGGCGGCGGCCAUAGAGCCACAGCAGCAACUACAACAACGGAUGGCUCGCAACAGUCUCGGUCCUGCCACGCCCAGCGCCACCGCCGACCUGACCGGCGACUACUUUGACGCCGCCGCCAACAACCUACGUACGCAGCCCUCGCGACAGUCCGUCCGAUCGGCCUCGCACCUGUCCGGCUUCGGCGGGCCUCCUGACCUCUCCCGCCCGGCCAGCCGCAACUCGAGCCGCCGACCGAGCAUUCGCAUCCGGCGCCUGUCCAACGCAUCCCUGAAUCCGCUCGAUGCCGAUCCCGUCGUCGCCUCCUCCUCGUCCGACGCGGCGGCGGCGACGGGGUCUGCGCGUCGGAGCCGCCCUCGCAGCGUAUCCCAGCCCACGCUGGACGCGGCGGCGCGGGACGGUGGCGGCGAAACCGCGAGGCACUCGCGCCGCGUGCCCCAGGCUGCGCUGCCGCGACUCACGGAGGAGGGCACGCGCCCGACGAUGCAGGAACUCGGCAUCACAGGCACUCACCUGUCCCCGACGACCUCACUCCCCGGAACCGUCGCUGGUCAGCGACGCGCGUCUCUCGAUGUCGACUCCAGCACGUCUCAGCAGAAUCGCCGCAGACGCUUCAGCAGGAUGUUCUGGCCAGGCGGCAACAGCGGCUCCCAGCGUCGCUCCCAAGACACUACAUCCCGAGGAUCGAUUUACCAAGAUGAUGAGUAUGACGAGCAUCUCGUAGAUCUGCUAGAUACCAUUGAUCCCGAAAUUCAAACCCUUUCGACCCUCACAAACAUUCAAAACUCCCUCUUCGUCCCCGAUCUUGGUGGGCUCAUCAACAGACGCCCUACUUAUACCCUCACGCAGCACGAUGCCGAGCGGGUUGGAUCUCGACCCGGCACGUCGGAGCCGCGAACGUCGGGAACGCAGCAGUACGAGCCAGGCGCAGCGGGCACCGCGCCCGACGAGACGAUCGAAGAGGUGCCGACCGAGGAGGAGGCGGAGGCGGAGGCCUCGGCACCAGCCAUGCGAAGAACCAACACCAUCACCUCGCGGCUGAGCGACUCCCACUACGCCGCGCUGCCCCACGGCGUAUCGCUGGCCAACUGGACGGCUGCGGAGAAGUGGGAGCUCGACGACCACGUCCGCCACAUGCUGCACUCUCGACGGUCCAAGUUCAAGCGCAUGAUGAAGGGCUUCGGACAAUACGUGAGCCGACCUCUUGGUUUUCUGGUCACCUUCUACGCCGUUUGCAUCACCGCGUUUGGUCUCGCCUGGGUCUUGUUCUUGAUCGGCUGGAUCUACGUCGGCGACAAGCAGGAAUACACGCUUCACAUCAUCGACAGUGUUUUGGUCGCGCUCUUCUUGGUCGUCGGGGGUGGCAUGGCCCCCUUCCGUGCCAUUGACACUUACCACCUUGGGUUCGUCGUGCACUACUCGCGCAAGAUGAAAAAGGCCAAGCUGAAGAGGGGAGAUGUCGAAGCGCCAGACCAUGGUGAGUCGUCGGAUGGAUCUGCAGCGCCAGUAACGGCCACCAACGGCAAAGAGCCGUCACUUCCUGACCCGACUGACCACCGCGCGCAAGAGCCGAUGCCUAUCGUCCGCACUACCAGCGAGCUACCAAACCACCAAGAUGUCAAUGCCGAGGAUGGGGAAGAGGAAGAGGAGGACGAAGACUUGUACCCGCUCACGCCCAAGCAGCAGAGGCGCUUCCUGCACCACCGCGCAAAGCUCGUCAAGUCUCACAGCUUCUACAAGCCGCACGAGACCUUUACGCACUACAAGUUCCCGCUGCGGCUGCUCAUCACCGUCGUCAUCCUGCUCGACCUGCACUCGUGCCUGCAGAUCUCGCUCAGCUCGACGACGUGGGGCAUCGACUACCACCACCGGCACCCGGCCAUCACAACGACGAUCCUGUGCGUCAGCAUCACGACCAACAUCGUGGCCGGCCUGGUCAUCAUGCGGGGCGACCGCAAGACGCGCAAGAAGGACGUGGUCCGCCUGAUCGACCGCCAGGAGCUGACGGGCGAUGCGAUCAAGAAGCUGGAGGAGAAGAAGAGGAAGCGGCAGGAGAAGCAGGAGGAGGAGGACACGCCGCGGAUACUCAGUAACUGA